AUAUAACUUUACAGAGCGGUUCGCAUUUGUACCGGGCAGUUAAGACGGAUAGACAGACGACAUGACAAGGAACCGAGUUACUAGUAACUAGUUCAAAAUUGGUUGUAUGGAGUUUUCGCGCCAACUGGAUUUGUGUGUGUUUUCAAGGAUAACGCAGUGAAGGACCUUUUUGUUUGUGAAAAGUUUGGAUUAAGGAGGAACCAUGGAUUCCUGGGGCAUUUUGAACGUGGACAGCGCAGCUAUGGCGAUUACUAGAGAUGACAUGGGGUCUAGUUUUCGCCGGAAACAAAUGAUGACUAUAGAGAAGCUCCCAGAUAAAGUAUUAUUGAAUAUAUUUUCUUAUUUAACACAUCGAGAAAUAUGUCGAAUGGCAACGGUAUGCAAAAGGUGGCGCAUGGUCGCCUACGACACAAAACUGUGGACCCAUGUCAGUUUACGACCAGAAAUAUCAGGAUUACAUGUUGGAUCAUUGGAGUCACUUUUGGCCCUAAUUUCGAUAAGAUUUGGUCCAUCACUGAGGUACAUUGAGCUGCCUAUAGAGUUGAUCACGCACACAGUGCUACAUGAACUGGCUGCUAAAUGCCCCAACUUGACGCAUAUGCUGCUAGAUUUUAGUACCGCCAUGCAACUGCACGACUUCUCGGAGAUGCAGGCGUUUCCCACGAAGCUGCGGUACCUCUGCAUCUGUCUGUCUGAAGUCAUCUUCAUGGAAGGAUUCAUGAGGAAGAUCUACAACUUCAUUAAUGGCCUUGAGAUUUUGCAUCUUAUUGGCACAUACGAGAAGGUAGAAGAAGAAGAAGAGGAAAUAUACGAGGUCAUCAACGUGCACAAACUGAAGUCUGCCACUCCGAACCUUCGCGUCAUCAACCUGUACGGCAUUAACUUCGUGGAUGAUUCCCAUAUUGAUGCCUUCAGCUCUAAUUGUAUUCAGCUGGAGUGCCUAGCAGUGAACUUCUGCAACAAGGUGACCGGCUCCACCAUGAAGACGCUGUUCCAGCGCUCGCGCAGGCUCACCUGUCUGCUCAUGAAUGGAUGCAGUCUCCAAUCCGAACACGUGAUGCAAGUGGAAUGGGAGAAGUCAUCCAUCCAGGAGCUUGAUGUCACAGCCACUGACCUGUCUACUGAGUGCCUUAUUGACAUGCUGACGAGGAUCCAGAACCUCAGGUUCUUGAGCGCGGGACAGAUCAACGGAUUCAAUGACUCCGUGCUUAAGGCUUGGAUGGAAGCUGGCACUGCUAGGAACCUAGUGGGCCUGGACGUGGACUCAUCCGACAACCUGACGGACGAGGCGCUGCACCGCUUCCUGUCGCGGCACGGCGCGCAGCUGCACGGGCUCGUGCUGUCCGGCAUGCCGCACAUCACCGACCAGCUCUGGCAGAGUGUGCUGCAGCUGCUUGUUAAUGCCAAAAUACUUAUAAUGGGCACGCAGGAACGUCUGGGCGUCAACAUUCACGUUGAUCAAUUGAUGGACGGCAUAGCAAACAGCUGUCCGAAUCUGGAACGCCUGGAACUGCGCUGGGAUCCUGAAAACUUACGUUUCAGUGACAAGAGUCAGAAAGCCAUCGAUAUUCUGCGCGUUAAGUGUCUGAAACUGAAGUGUCUUGUACUUAGUGAUGGUCGUUACUACGAGAUUGUGAAAGCUAACUUCGAGCGCGCCGACCGGACCACCGUCGUACGUACUUCUACCAACUGCCGCGUAUCGAACUACUACCUACUGUCAAACUACAAAGAUCUUAUAUUCAACUGAAGCCUUCGAGUGUGUACGCUAUCUAUUUAUAAUGUUAUUGUUUCAAAAAUAAAUGUUUAAUUACAUGAAA